AUGAGAACGUCAUUUGGGAGGCCGUUCAUUUUUGUGUUGUUGAUGAGUGCUCCUCUUGGGCUAGCCGACAACGAGAAUUCAACAACUACAACGUCCACGCUCUCUAGCAGUUUCACGACAAGUAGUGCCACCUCAAGUUCGAGCACCACAACGACUCUCACCAUGUCAAGCACAACAACAUCUAGCAACACCACCUCCACUACCGAAACGACGACCACAGGCUCAUCAUCCACCAGCAGCAUGACGAGCACCACAUCCUCCAGCACGUCUUCAUUGACCUUAAGCACCACCUCGAACUUCACCACCACCACAGGGACGACCACAUCUCGUACCAACACAAGUCUUACGGUGACUACAACGACCCCGACCACUGCGACCUCCACGCUUACCAGCUCCACAGGGACCAGCAGCAGCGUUACCUCCACCAUUUCGACCACGACCACGACGACCAGGGUCUAUCGUCUCUACAUCGAUGAGGCCCAAGUCUUUCCCAGUCAUCUCAACGUCAUCUUUAACUACCCAGCAAGGCUUGCCAAUGAGAACGACACCUGGAGUUGCGAUGAUUUGUGGGAAGAGGACUCGGUCAAAAGCUUUGGAGUGGAGCCGAGCUGUACGUUGUCCGAUGACCAGAGAAGCCUUCAGGUGGCCUUGGGGAAGCUGACGCGACUGGUGGUGGGAGACUUCGUGAUGAUGAAGUUUGGAGUGCUUCUUCCGCAUGGCUUCAUUGUCGUAGAGCCCACGGAGCUGUCGGCCGUUGUCAUCACCAAAGCUCCUCUUGUGCCACUGCGCGCGGUUUUGUUGGCAGCGGAUGCAUUUCAAGCUUGUUCAGUGGGGAGGUUCUCACUUGCAGCCUCCACAGGCUUUGCGCGACGUGCGCCAGUGAUCCACUGGCAGCUGGGCAAUCACACUGACCCGGCGUUGCAAAGCGUGCUGCAGCCGACCUUGGACGAGGCCAACGAGCUGAUGCUACAAGUCCUUGAGAUUCCGCCGGAGAUCUUCCAGUUUGGAACACUUCAAGUCGACGUCGAUGUCUCUGAAGUCUCAGAAAUGGACGAUGGCUUAGAGAUUGAAGUCAUGGCCUCGAUCAGCAACUGGCAAGCAGAAGCUGAGGACGUGAGUGUGGAGGUCACGGUCUUCCAUGUGGAAACACCGCUUCUUCAGAUCUCGCCCAAGUCGCUGAAGAACUUCAAUAUUUCCAACUACGAGGAAGUGGAGAUGGCUGUCGAUGUCUUCCCGGCGGUGCAAUGCAUCAACUCCAGUGAUGUGCCGCCCUCCUUGUCGGUGCAGUGGGAGUAUUGGCAGAGGAACGAGAAGAUUUGCAUCGAGUUUCUCCCCACGUCAAGCGGAAACAUGUCGCUGGACAACAUGUCGAACGACUCGAAUGAUUCCAAUGUCACUGAGAACCUGAGCAAUGACUCGAACUCGUCCAACAUCUCAGGAGAAGUCGUCGAGCGACCCUGCAUUGAGUGGCUUUGGCAGCGCCUUGAGAACACCUCCUUCCGCGACCUCAACCGUCGACCUGGCUCCCUGCGUUUGCCGGCCUUUAGCUUUCAGCCCAAUAGCAGUCACCGCUUUCGGGCGGUGUCCACGUUCGAGGGAUACGAAGGCAGCAAACCCUCGGUGGUGUUCACCGUGAACGUGCGACCAAGUACCACGCCAGUGGCGGUCAUUUCGGGACCCUCCACGGUGUCUGCCCUUUGCCCCUUCAACCUCAGUGCCAGUGAAUCCUAUGACGCCUCGGUGCCCAAGGACGAUGAAACAAGUCGCCUGGAGUUCUCAUGGUCUUGCAUGGUUGGGAUGGUGAUCGGAUACAACGAGACGGAACUCCUGGAAGCAGAGGAAUGCAAUCUGACCAUCACAGAUGACUGGACCCAGAAUCCCGUCAUAGAGGCAGAGGGGGAUCUACUGGAAGAGGGAAGCUACACGUUUCGCGUCAAGGUGCGACGAGUGAAUCUCCAUGAGCAAAACCGGACGAGUGAAUCUCCCCCCGCCAGCGGUCCUCCAGAUCCACGAGGCCCCGAUGGCGCUCCGGUCCGACCAGAUCCAGAAUCUCCUCAUGGAGAAGGGUGGUGGGUGGUUCAUGUUAGACGUCGAGCCAUCCCAGUGGUUCAGUUGCAAGUCCCAUGGGCUGAUGGCGACGAAGUCUCUGUAGCAAGGAACCUCGAGCCAGCUAUAGCUCAUGUCUCUGGAAGUAUGGCUUGUCCGAUACCGAAUGACUGGGCGUGGCAUUGGGUGCUGAUUGACGAUGCCUAUGUACUUGCCCUUAUGAAGACUACAGUGCGGUUUAUGGGAGCUUCUCUUGCUGAAGUUGCAACGGCAGAUUUUAAAGGAGAUCUGCUGGUACCAGCCAACUCCUAUACCUAUGCUCUGGUGGCGCACAACAACUCGGACUGGGUCAAGCAGCUUGUGCCUGGGAGAAGCAUGCUCUCAGACUUGAUUGCUGCAGGCGCCCUGGUCUACACCUCGCCGCCCUUUCGCGCCAAUGGGCCGCCCCGGGAGGGCUUGAUGGAGCUCGUGCCGCGCUCGGGCGAAGGGCUCUUGACGCCCUUCGCUGUCAGCAGCUUUGGGUGGAGGGAUGAGGAGGAAAGCCUUCUGAGCUAUUCGUUCUUCCGAUUUCCUUUAGCCGUCUCAGGCGUGUCAGCCGAUGGCAAUGGUGGGAUCAUCUUCGACGAGGGCUGGACUGGAUGGUCACUCCCGAAGAUCGAGUGGAGAAAUACCUCCAGCAGCAUGUACUUCCGGAAGCAAGGGGGGUUGACCCUCCAAACUUGGGAGUCCAGCAAUAUGGUCUCUGACUUGCUCAUGGCUGUGGGGUCCUAUUUCAUCGUGGUGCGAGUGAGGGACCCUCAGGGCGGCGAGGGUAUCGCAGCUGUGCUGGGUCCGGUGGUGGUGGAACCGGUGAACGUCACCGACGUGACCGCGGUCCUACAGGCGAGCUUCGUGUCGCGCGAUGCGGACCACAUCCUCAACGCGGUGGAUGCGGUGCUGUCGACCGCCACGGUGUCCACGGAGUCGGUGUUAAACGCCUUGGAGGUCGCGACCAGUCUACUGGAUCCAACGCCUGAAGCUUUAGAGAAGAUGAGUCAAAUCCUGGUGUCCACCGUGAAAACCGGAGGGCCUGGAGGAAUGCCCCCCAAAACCGAGCUGCUCCGUGCAGCUGAGAUUUUGCAGAUGUGCCUGGAUUUGGCGGUCGCCAGCCCCGAGCAGGGCAUUGGCAGCACGGCAGCCAUUGCGAUGCUGGAAGCCUUGUCCUCGGUGCAUGAGGCGGGUCGCAGCCCAGAUCCCAAUGCCACAGAGGAACUAGCAAACUUCACCCGAAGGACAGGGGCUUUAGCCUCCAGCAUGGCCAAAGCGGCCUUGGCAAAGCUUCAAGUGGGAGACUCGAGCUUUGUGAGUGGUGCAGUUGAAGGAAAAGGAACCAAUCUGCAGCUGGUGUCCAGCUUGGCUUCUGCUCUCACUGAGAGUGGCUUGCAAGUGCAAAGACUCUACAUGCCUCCUGGUGUGUUGACCACAAGCCGUCGACUUCAAGCUUCUGCAUGCAGUGACGUGGGAAUCUCUGCGAUCUACUGGCAGAGAAGCAAUCCCUAUACCUGGGCCAGCAGUUCCAAGGGCGUCAAUCAGUACGUGUCUGCAGAUGCGACCGUUGCUGUUCUCGAGUUCGAGAUGUGUGGGUCUCCGCUCAUGUUCAACGAGAGUAUACCCGACAGGACAAUGAGAUUGAGGGCUAUCACUCUGCCAGCAAGAACUCCUCCACCGGUUGGCUUUCGAUGGGAGGUCUAUUGUGCAAAGUGGUCAGAGUCUGAAGAAGCUUGGCUUCUCCGUGGCAUUGAGGUUCAGAAGCCAGUUUACUGGGAUGAUGUAGAGGUCUCUUGCAUGAUAUAUGAGGGUGCGAGCGGCAUGUCCUUGACCGCCUUCUUUCUGCCCGAAGAGGUCACCACCACGUCGACCACUGUGGAGUGGACCCACCCGACCUAUACCACCUUUGAGAUCCCUCCGCUGCCCCCCGUCUACGUGGUCUCGUGCAACGAGUCGCUCCUGCCAGAGCCUCCCAAGGGACAGGGGUGGAAUUGUACCAAGCCAGGAGAAGGCCAGGAAUGCCGAGCCACGUGUGAAGGCUAUCCAGAUAUGAUGGCCAGUGUGACCUGCUUAAAGGGAGCCUCUUCACUGGAAUGGUUUGUGACCAAUGUUUGUCCGAUCUUCACCACCACCACCCUGGACUUGACCGUGGACCACCCCGCAGACCACGCCAUCUUGGGAUCGGUGCUGAUCUUCGUGUGGAUCGUGGUCUUUUCAUGCAGCGCUGGAAUCUGUGCGUUGAUGGCCUAUGGGCUCUACAAGUUUUCGAUGAAUGAGUCCAAGAGCCAGGUCUCAGCGGCUCCAAGCAUCGUCGUGACCGACACGGAGGCAUCCGAGGACGAAGAAGAAGACAUGGUGGAUCCAGCAUUCCUGCAAUGGGCCAAGAACUGGGCAGAAAACCCCACCGUGGAGAGUGCAGUGCUUGAAAGAAAAGUCAAGGCCAGCAAGUCGCAAGAAGCUUUGCUCGACCAGGCUUCGAGUAUUCUCGCCAAUGAGAAUGAAGCUGGAGAGGACGCAGCUACUUCUUCGGCUUUUACUCGAACAGCGGAGAUCGAAUUCACCGAAGACUGGAAGGCUGACCUGGAAGCCCUUCUCCGGGAUCACCAGAUUCCCCUCGAUGGUGAAGGUCGGCUAUACUAUGUGGUGAACACCGUGCGGGAAAUCUUGCAGGUCAAAGAUUUGCAAAGCCUUCACAAGGUGAAUUUUCCCUUGACGAUCCACAUGCAGGAAGCACCUCCACAGGUGGAAAAAGCUGACGGCUUCUACUUCUGGCAGGUGGAGUGGGGAGCCUUGAAGGGCUCAAGCAUCAGCACGAAGAAGGAAGACCAGAACGUUGAUGCGCAGCCUCCAGAGGAAGAAGCUGAAGAUGGUGGUGCGGUGCAUCAGAUGAGCCAACGGCAGAUCGAACAUGAUGAUUUGAUGAAGCAAUGGAGCCAGCACAGUUUGAGAAGGAGCUCCCGGCGUUCUUUUUUGCUUCACCCAAGAGUCCCGAGAUCACAGGACGGGAAGACGCGACGAGCGGGAGCACGAGCACCACGUGCGCUCGACCACGUGGUCGACCAGCUCCAGAACCCCUAA